AGGUUAGGAAGAGGGUCGUUGUGUCUUGGUGCAAAUCUGUCCAUUCAAUUUUGCUAUGGGUUUUUUUCAUUUUUCCCUCUCUCCUCUUUAAUAUCCUCGUUUCCUUUUCGCUUUCUCUUCUUUCCUUUUGUUUGUUUCUCUUCCAGACGGGUUUUCAAUUUUUUUUUCCUGCUUUUCACGUAUCUCUGCUUUCGUCGGUGGUUUUGCGCUUCUUUUUUGUGUUUUUUCUUCGUGUUGGGUACUGUCAGUAUCUCCUCCCCAACUGAGGAGAGUAGAGAGUAAGUGGCUCGAAUUGGAUCGUGGGACCGGAGAGGGGCAGAAGUUGCAGAACGUGUGGGUUACCUUGGGUGGGGUUUGUGUCCAAGUAUUGUUACUAUUGGCUAUGGCCAUGGCAGCAGCUAUGCCAGACCCAUAGAAUGCCUCAUCUCUGGGCUCCUUAUUUUGGUCCACGGCCAAAGAGGAGAAAGAUUUGCUGCAAAAGUCCAACGAUUCCAACCAUGAUUCUACUUCCUAUACCCCCACCUCCGUCGUUAUUGACAACCUCAACGAUGGCUUUUCCUCCCUCAACAACAUGUUAUAGUCAUUCUGAUCCGACCAAACUCAAGGAAAUGGCAAAAGGUGUCUAGUGCCUUUCUCGCUAACAGUGGGGUAGUUCUUCGUUAUCUUCUCGAUUUUGCAAAACCCAGAUUCAAAAACAAUCAGAUAAUUGGAUCAAAAUCAAACAAAUAUGCACUUCCAUGAAGAAUUUCAUAUGAUCAACGCUCGGAAUUACAUUUUCUUUCAAUCUAAAGGGAUAGAAUUUGACGUUUUAGUUACUCUCUUUGGAGGCAGCUAAAAAUUAGUGAGGAUGGUAGUGAAGAUUGACACAAGUAGGGCACAAGCACCCAUUGUUGUUCCUCGUAAAAUAAAUAGAAGAAAAGUAG